UGGGUGGGGUGCUUUUCAUCCAAAACACAGUCUACUCCGACAACACAAAGAAGCAGAGUGACAGUAAGAAGCUCUAAAACAUAGAUUAUGCUAACAAGCAACUUUUCCUACUAACUAGCGGUGAAGUUGAAGUAAACGACCUCUUUGUUUCUGCGCACUGUCGAGCGAGUUGUCAUCAGUCAUGGAGGGUCUGUCUCGUGCUAACAGUCUCUUCGCUCUGGAUCUCUAUCGGGCUCUGAGCAAGAGCAACGCUGCGGGAAACAUGUUCUUUUCUCCCCUGAGCAUCAGCGCAGCGCUCAGCAUGGUCUACUUGGGAGCCCGAGGAGACACUGCCAAAGAAAUGGAAAAGGUUUUUUCCUUCAGUUCUGUCUCUGAUGUUCACUCUCAUUUUGAGAGCCUCACCUCAGCAAUCAACAGUCCAUCAGCCUCCUACAUCCUCAAACUGGCCAACCGCCUCUACGGAGAGAAAACCUUCUGCUUCUUACCUGAGUAUUUGGACUCCACUCUGAAGCUGUACCAUGCUGACCUUCAGGCUGUGGACUUCAUUGGAGCAUCGGACGAGUCACGACAGCUCAUUAACAAAUGGGUGGAAGAGCAGACAGAGAAUAAAAUUAAAGAUCUUAUUCAGCCGAGUAUGAUAAGUGGGCGGACCAUACUAGUUCUGGUUAAUGCCAUCUACUUUAAAGGAAACUGGAAACACGUAUUUGAAGCAGGAAACACUAAAGAAAUGCCAUUUAAAAUAAACCAGAAUGAGAGCCGGCCUGUGCAAAUGAUGUACCGGGAAGAGACAUUCCCUUUCAGAGACAUCCCAGAGUGUAAUCUGAAGGUGCUGGAGUUACCAUAUGAAAAGGAAGAACUCAGCAUGUUCAUCCUUCUUCCAAACGAAACUCAGGAUGGCUCUGACCCUCUUCAGAAGCUGGAGAGCGAGUUGACGCUUGACAAGCUGCUUGACUGGACCAGAAAAGACAAAAUGGAAACAUGGAUGGAUAUCAGAGUCCAUUUGCCAAAGUUCAAAAUGGAAGUUGAUACCUCCCUAUCAGAAAAACUGCAAGAGAUGGGUAUGACCUCUGUGUUUCAGGACACAAAGGCUGAUCUGACAGGCAUGAGCAGUCAGUGUGGGCUCGUCCUUUCAGCAGUGAUCCACAAAGCUUUUAUUGAGGUGAAUGAGGAAGGCACAGAGGCAGCAGCAGCCACUGCAGCCUUUAUAUUUCUGUGUGGCCGCAGUUCAGAAAGUUUCACGGCAGAUCACCCUUUCUUGUUCUUCAUCAGGCACAACCCCACUAACAGCAUCCUCUUCUUUGGCAGAUUCAGAGGCCCAUCCUAAAAUGUGUUUUUUUUUUUUCUUUUCUUUUUUUAAAGAAUAAGAAAUUAUGUUUUUGUUUCAAUAUUUCAGCAGACAAAAUUAUUCAGAACAUUUGUUUUUGUUUUUCUGAUCACAAAUGGCAUUAUUACAGAGCAUUUAUUGUAAUGACAGUGAAAGUGACUUGACAUGUGGCCAAGUGCUGACCCAAACUCGGAAUUCGUGCUCUGCAUUUAUCCCAUCCAAAGUGCACACACAUCAGUGAACACAGUUUGUCUCAAAUCGUUUUAGGGAAAACUGGCAAAAUAAAGACUGUGUAUUGUCUUUUAUGAAGAGUCAUAUCCUCUUUUAUUCACUUUGUGUGGCUGAAUCCGUGUAGAGCUGACUCAGAACACAAAGUAGUGCACAAAAAGAGAGUUCUGAAAUGUGUGUUUAUGUUUCAGAAAAUAUAAACAAUAAUGCCCAAAUGGUUAGAAAAAUGUAGAUUUUUUUUUGUUUCUUAUGCUCACCAUGGCUGCAUUUAUUUGAUCAUAAAUACAGUAAAAAAAAUUAUUUCUGUUAUGCAAAGCUGAUUUUGCAUACUCCAGUCUUUAGUGUCACAUGAUCUUUCAGAAAUCAAUUCAAGUUUAUUUGUAUAGUGCUUUGACAAUACAUAUAAUUUCAUAGCAGCUAUACAUAAUUUUUUUCUAGGGUGCUACAAAUCAUGCAUUUAUAAAAAAUAAAAAUAAAAAUUCAGGUUGUGUUGUUAAUCAUGUAUGGCAUGCAUAUAUUGCUUAUAUUUUCGUUUUACAAUCUGUUUAAUAAAAAUAUUGAAAGAAAAUCAUGCAUUUAUUCAAUGUGUUGGCCUAUUCAUGCAGAAUAAAACAAGUUUAGAGCAAA